AUGGCAUCGGGGAUGAACAACUACGCCAGCGGCAGCAUGAACGAGUACGCGGGCGCAAACAUGCACAGCCUGUCGGUGCGCCCGGGGUCGUCUAGGCCGGGAUCGCGGUACGCGCCGCCAGCGCCGGCGCGCAACAAUAACAACAACAACAACGAGCACGCCGAGCCAUGGGACCAGAUCAGCGACGAGCACCGGAACGAGAUCAACGACUGCUUCCACCUCUUCGACAUGAACAAAGACGACCUCCUCGACUUCUCCGAAUUCCGAUACGCAAUGCAAGCCCUCGGCUUCAGCCACGUGCCGCGGCCCGACCUGAUCGCCUCCUUCAAGUCAGCCGCGCACCCGCGGCCGAGCUGGACACCCCUCCCCUCGAUGCCCAACCAACCUCCACCCUCGCCCACGCCCGGCGUCGUCGACCUGCGGCUCUCGCUACCCAGCUUCCAGGCCGUGGCCGGCGGGUACAUCGCAGCGCGGGACCCACGCGAGGAGGUGCUAAAGACGUUUGCGCUGUUCGACAAGGCCGGCAAGGGUAUUAUUAGUGUUGACGACCUCCGCGCCGUCGUCAAGGAGCUCGGCGAGGACGUGCCCGAGAACGAGAUCCUGAGCAUGGUCGACCAGUUCGACAUCGAGGCCAAGGGCGGCGUGAGCCGCGAGGAGUUCGUCGGCAUUUUCCUGGAUCGGUGA